GUUUAUUAAACCAAAAACUCUGAAAAUUAAAGAAAUGCAUGAAUUCAUGAAAUUUUAUUGAGAUAUGUUACAGAAUUCGAACAAGCUUUUACUCUAUUGAGGCGAAAGAGAACUGUCAUUGGCUGGAACUGCAUCAACGUGUCCACCCACACGACAGAAGGGGAUAUAUAAGUUGGGAUAAGUGAAAGAUAGCACAUAUAACCUGGAAUCUGAAGUGAAGAAAUAAACAUUUACCGGAGAAACAGGAAGUUGAUCUUUCGUGAUGCCAUCACAUUAUCCAGCCUUUUGCUUGUUUCUGUUAUUGGUCUUGAGCCAAUACAGUUCGAAUGGAGAGAAAGAAGCUAAAUAUCGAGCUUGCGGGGAUCAUCUAACUGAACUUCUAAACUUGAUUUGUGGUGGAAGGUUUCAUGGUCCAGAUACAAAUCAACAGAGCACUACAAGAUCUUUAUACAGAUCUCUUUCCAGACGUUCUUUUAUAGGAAUGAGGAGAGGAGUGGUAGAUGAAUGCUGCCAUGAGGCUUGCCCAGUUAGUACUUUGCGUUCUUAUUGUUUAGAUCCUCUAUCGUCGUCGUCAUCGUCACUAAUAGAAUUGUUGAGUUCUGCUGUUGAAAACAAUGGUGCCGAAACUAUAAAGCUUGCAGGUACAAGUAGUAUAGAAGACACAUUAUCAACUCAGGAAGUAAUAGAUCAAGUAUCCACAACACAUAGACCAAAUUUGGGUCUUUUCCCAAGAAAUAGACCAUUCUUCAUAUCUAUGUCAUCCCCGUUAUUUAUUAACAAGAAGAUAUCAUAUAAAUCUCCAUAAUCAAAAACAGUUUAAUUCUGUUGCAUAAUUAUACU